CAUGAAUGCCCUCUGACCCCGGAAACGUCCUGUCGUGUUCGUUUCAAAUGAAAGUCCUCCGUUUUCUCGUUUAAAGUGUAUUUUUCAGUCCAUCCAAAUCAGUAGAACCUCUUUAUCCGGAUGAAACCGACUGACUGGACUUUGUUUUGUUCACAUUCCGUGUCUGUUUUACUUCUUAUUUAUCUCUUAUUAGCCAAGUGAUGCUAAAGUUAGCUUAGCUCGCUAGCCGCUAACAGGUCUUUCUGUAUGUGAUGGAGACAAUCUGUGUUUGUGACGGAGUUUGUGUGAAGAAAAAGUGAAAAAAUGUCCCUAAAAGGUCAGAUACUGAGAUCGUUGGUGGAGCAGAGACUAACUGCAGCUGCUGAAGAGAUAUUUGGGCUGUUUGAAAGAACCAUAGCAGAGUACGAGGAGGAACUUUGUCGAACUAAAGAAGAAAACCAGAGACAAAAACAAAUACUGGACUGUGUUUGGAAUCAGAAAGACCUGAUAGACACGACAGACAUUCAGCAGCCGGUGGUUAAAGAGGAGGUUCUCCCUGAGCAGCAGGAGUGGAAUCCCAGUCUGGACCAGGAGGAACCAGAAUGCCUCCACAUUAAAGAGGAAUUGGAAGAACCGUGGAGCAGCCAGGAGGCCCUUAUCAACAAAUUCCCAUCCACUUCUGACCCUAUGAAGAAUGAAGAUGAUGAAGGAAAAGCUCAGUCGCUACAGCUUCAUCAAAGACAAACUGAGGAGGACAGAGAGGAAGCAGAUGGACAGGACUGUGGAGGGACAGACGUCCAUGUCGAGGACAUUGAGAGUAGAGUUGCACAAAUCAGACAGUCCAUGUUCAAGACUAGAAGUACCUUUGUCGACAAGAAUCUUCUGGAGAGAUACAUGGACCCUCAAACAAGAGAGACACUGGAUGGUUCUGAAUGUGGAGCAGCAUUUUCUCAGACAACAAACCUGAUAGAGGUUCCCAACACACCGAAAGACAAAAUGACAAGUAAUGAAUUCACUGUAGAUGAUGUGAGAUAUAGAGGAAAACAACAUCAGUGUUCUGUGUGUGGGAAAACAUUUGACAGAAGAUCGGAAUUCAUGAUACACAUGAGGAGCCACACGGGGGAGAAACCAUUUGGUUGUUCAGUAUGUGGAAAAAGGUUUGCGAGUAAAUCUAACUUGAGUACUCAUAUGAAAAUACACACCGGAGAAAAGUCAUUCGUUUGUUCAGUGUGUGGUAAAAGAUUUACUCACAACUCAAGUUUAUUUAAUCACGUAAGAAUCCACACAGGAGUGAGAGAAUUCAGUUGCUUGGAAUGUGGGAAAAGAUUUAAUCGGAAAUCGAACUUACUCGCUCACAUGAAAUGCCACACAGGAGAAAAGUUAUUCGAUUGUUCAGUGUGCGGUAAAAGAUUUACUCACAACUCAAGUUUAUUUAAUCAUGUAAGAAUCCACACAGGAGUGAGAGAAUUUGGUUGUUCGGAAUGUGGGAAAAGAUUUAAUCGGAAGUCGAACUUACUCGCUCACAUGAAAUGCCACACAGGAGAAAAGCCCUUCAGCUGUUCGGUUUGUCUGAAACAUUUUAAACGUAAAACGGAGAUUCCGAAACAUAUGAAGGUCCAUACCAGGAAGAACAUGUUCGGUUCAGGUGCAGUUGACGCUCCGGACAAACCUGAAUAAGUGGAUGUUGAAGACUUCAGUGAGGAGCUAAAUGUUUAGAUGGAAAUCUGAAAAAACAUCUGCAGUGGCCUCAAAGGGAACUGAUUAAAGCAUUCAAACAGGUCCAGGAUUUUCAAGGUGCUUUUAAUAGAGGGUCUGCACGUGACGUCACCGCUAGCGGAAGUCUCCGCGGUUCCGCCCACUGAGUGGCAGAAAGAGGGAGAUGAGUGACAGCAUUGGCUUCAAUACUGUCUGAACUGAAGAACAAUA